AUGGAACAGAAUGAAGUAAAAAUAAAACUUAUGACCGAAUUGGCAAAUGUACUCAAGCAGGCAACAUUUGAGUAUCCGUCUGGCGAUUCGCUCUCUAAAGAAUCUACUCAGAUACUUUGUAAUACGGUUGAAGCACUAUUCAUUCAUGGCUUGAAGACAGCCUUUUUCCAGAAGAAACCACGAAGUUCAAGGUAUCCGGAGCCGAAUUUUUGGCCGUUUGUUAGCAAAUAUACGCAUAAAGCAGUACUCGAUCAGAUAGCUACAUCGAAUCAAAUAAAAACAGAAAUAGGAAAGUCACGGGCAUGGAUCAGGAUACUUUUGAAUGAAAAUACAAUAGAAAAUUAUUUGAACUUAUUGUCGCGUAAUAAUAUUACUUUAAGCAAAUUUUACGAGAAAUGGGCUUUUCUGCGAGAUACAGAGCGCAUGAAUGUACUAUCAGGUUACAUGAAGGGACUGACAAGAUUAACUAUCGAAGCACCCGUUAACAGUUUCUUUCUUAACACUUGGACUCCCACGCCAUUAAUACUUUCUGGUUUGAUAGCAGGAGAACCUGCAAGAUUAAAACAGUUAACAAAGUGUCGUUGUCGUGGUAGUUCGUUGAGUAUGCUCGAGGAUACAGAGCUUGCUGAAAAUGCAUUGCACUCUUUGUGCAGUUCUACAGAAAUAUCUAGUUCGUGCGUAGAGGAUUCCGACCUUGGACAAGAAGUUGAUUUGGCUUCCGUUUAUUCGCAUCCGUCAAUGCUUGAUGAAGAGUACAUUCAUCCCUCAGCUCUAAACUCAACAAGCAGUCCCAUACUUUCAAAUCCAGUUCCGGAAGAUGGCAUCCCAAGUUACGACUCUUGUCAGAUACGAGUAACUAGAGGUGCUUAUCGCCGUAUUAGGCGUUCAUCUAAGAGUAGUACUGCUGUCAGCUCAUCAAAUUCUAGAAACGAGUCUAUAUCAGCUAUGGUUGGCGAGUCGUGUGAUAUAGAAAAUGUUGGAAAAAAAGUGGAAAAUUUUGGAGAACUAUAUAACGAUAUACAACGAACUUCAUCCUCAAUUCUUACAUUAAAUAACGAAAACAGAGAAAACCACGACCAGUCGACUGAAGCCUAUGAGGAAAAAGCGGUGGACAAGAAAAAACAUAAAUCAUUUGAAUAUAACGAUGAGUUGUCAAUCAGUAGUGAGUUCACAGUCCACAAAAUGCCCAAAAAUCCACAAGGAAACUCCAAAAGUUGGACUUGUUCAUGCGCCAGAUCUGAUGGCGCACCUGAUGAUAUCAAACCAAAAUAUUCUAUGCAGGAUGAGUCAUAUAACCUUAUAUACAACCUUUGUCCGGUGAUUUCAUUCGAAAAUGAGCAAUCUUUCACUGAAUUAGGCGAUCAAAUUAGAAGCAUAUCAAAUAAAUCAUCAGACGUUGAACUGGAACGAUCUGUGUCCAUGCAAGAUAAUUUGUAUGCAUCGGAUCAUUACAAUGAAGGAAAUAGCCUUCUUGGUAAAGGCUGGAUUGUUCAUCAUCGUUGGAAACCUGAAUUUUUUGAUGGCCGAACUUCGACAAUUUCUUUAUCAACUAACCCGGAUUCCUCACAAAAUUUUGAUAUGGAAAUAAGAAAUGUUCUUGAUGAAACUUCAAAUGAGGUGAUGAAUCAGAAACAUUCGAAUAAUGGUAGUCUUAAUGGUGAAAUUCCUAUACUUGAGGAAGUAGAAGAUAUGUUGAAACAUGUUGGUGAUGGUGACAAAACUUUAUUUUCCAUAUCGCAUCACCAGAUUAUUUUGAAUGGGAGCAUUUCUGAAUUUUCCGACAAAACACUAAUUGAUGUUUUGACAGUGAUCCCUCGCGAGAAGGGCCUUGAUUCUCAGGAUUUUCGUUGUCUUUCCUGUAGAAAAUCGAUUGGCCCAACAUUCGCUUCAUACAGGAAAUGUGGCUUCGACGAAAAAUAUUACUGCAAUGGAUGUUUCAGUAAAGGCGACGAAAGUAUUAUUCCGUCACGUUUGAUUCGUAACUGGGAUAGACAUCCAAGACAUGUUUGCAGGUGCAACAUGGCUUUCAUUGAAAGCAUUAGGGAUAAAGCUGUUCUUCGCCUUGACCAGAUCAAUCCCCAAAUUUAUGCACAUUCCCAUGCUUUAAAUGCUGUGAAGUUUCUGAGAGAGAAAUUAUCGUUGUCAGCAAUGUAUCUGCAGUCAUGUCGGAAGUCAAUUGCUGAAGAUUUGGAAAGUCGCAUUUCGCCCAAGGAUUAUCUUUAUAAAGACAUCCAUUUGUAUUCAUUCACAGAUCUGUUAACGGUACUAUCAGGGUAUAUGGAAAAUCAUUUGAACAAUUUAUUCAAUUUCACAACAGAACAUAUCCGACGAUGUUUGUUGUGUUCUCAGAAAGGCUUUUUAUGUGAAAUUUGUGCUUCUGCUGAAGUGAUUUAUCCAUUUCAACUGGAAGUGACCUCCCGAUGCCUGGCGUGUUUUUCGGUAUAUCACAAGAACUGUCUGGAAAAACAGCGAUGUCCGAAAUGUACUCGGCGAGAGCGAUAUAUGCAGCAGCAACCGAAUAUUGAUUCUCAAUAUUUGCUCCUUGAUAUGGAUUGA